GUCGUACUACCGUUGGAUACUGAAAGUCCACAUAAGACGAUGCUACGAUGGAGGAAGAAAUUUGGCCCAGUAUUCACCAUAUGGAUUCCAGGUCCGGUGAUAGUCAUUGCGGAUUACGAAAAUCUUAAAGAGGCACUUCUAAAAAACGCCAAAUGCUUCUCUGGGCGUCCUCAUAAUCCCAUGUGGAGCGUAUUCUAUGGCGAUGACGAGAAAGAAGGUGAUGGAAUCAUCUUGUCGGAGGGUGAGCGCUGGCACCAUAACCGUGAACUUGCACGCACGAUAUUCAAAGCCUUCAACCUGAGUGGAGAGCAGUUAGAGGCAAGAGUUAGAGACCAUGUGGACUACCUGGAGCGUCAUGUUGCUGCAGAAAUAGGAAACAAGCAGAGCGCACAAAUGGAUAUGCACAUUCCAAUAGCUUACUGUGUCGGUAAUAUCAUACAAGACAUUGUGCUCGGCAAAUCGUACCCAUACGGAGAUCCAGAAUUUGACGGUUUGAAGCAUCUCAUCGACUCUACACUGCAUGAUAAAAAAAUUAUUCGAAUUUCUUCACACAGAUUCAUGCAAUUGAUUGACGAGCAUGAGGAAGCUCUAUCAAUGGAUGGAGAGCCAAAAGAUUUCAUGGAAGCCUACCUCCGCGAAGUUCGUCGAAAUCCAGGACAUGAUCACAUACGACGUCGUUCACUUUGUUUCGUUGCUGCUGAUUUAUGGACAGGUGGUAUGGAAACAACUGUUACCACUAUGCGAUGGGCUAUUAUUUACAUGAUUUAUCACCCUUCCGUUCAACAACGAUGCCAGGAAGAGCUCGAUAAGAUUUUUGGACCUGAAUCAUCCGUUUAUGCAAGAAAAAACGAGACUCCAUACAUACUGGCAACAUUAUCUGAAGUACAACGUAUCAGUAAUGUAUUGCCGUGGGCUAUUCCGCACAGGACUAUGAGCGACGUUUAUGUUGAUGGCUACUUUAUUUCUAAAGGCACAGAGAUAAUGCCUCAAUAUGUACUGUACCUUAAUUUUGUUUUAACUGAUUUCAGAUUCCUUGAUAUUGACGGAAUGUAUCGACCACGAUUAGAAAUGAGAGCGUUUGGAAUGGGUGCGAGAGUGUGCUUGGGAGAGUUUCUAGCGCGAUGCGAACUUUACCUUAUUUUUACAACGCUGCUGCAGAACUUCACAUUUACCGCAAUAGGUAGGAAACACCGAUCUCAUAUUUCAUCGCAAGUAUUAAUUUCAAGUAAAAAGUCUGUGAAUUACUAGGC